GGCCCUCCCCAUCACGUUAUGUUGAUGUGAUUGGUAAUUGUGGGUUUUAUUUUUUUUAAAACCCAUUUUAAAGUAAUGCCACAUGAUAAUGCCGAGCUGCAUUAUAGCGUCCAUGUUGUAUUUACUAAUUUAAGUUAAAAGGAGCAGAAGAAAUCUACAUAAAAUACAGAGCAGGGAUAUCUGAAAAUUCCAAGCUCACCAGCCUAUGCCAGCUGUAAGAGUUGUGACAGUGGACUCAUUAAUCUUUCUACUAUACGUGAAAGUACCAAGUUCAGGAGAGAGGAGCAUACUGCAGUGGGAAGAAUAUCUGACUCAUCAGAUAACAAAAUGGAGUUUUCCGAGUUCAUAAAGACACCAAAGGUGGAUGGUGUGACCUUACGACGACCCUUUUGCAGCCCACUUGAGGGGACCCUGUGUGUCACAGGGCACCAUCUUCUUCUGUCCUCACGGAAAGAUGACAAUGAGAUCUGGCUUUUGCAUAGCCGAGUGGACAGUGUGGAAAAGCGGCUGAACGCAACUGGCAAUGUGCUAACCCUCAAGUGCAAAGACUUUGUAUUGCUGCAACUGGAUAUUCCAUCUGCUGAGGAUUGCAUUAAUGUUGCGAGCUCCAUCGAACAGCUGUCUAAUAUAGAUGACAUAACUCUAAAAUUUCCAUUUUUCUUCCGGCCAACAUUUGAGGUUCUGGAGAAUGGAUGGGGUGCUUUCCAGCCAGAAAUGGAGUUCAAUCGGUUUAAAGAAAUAUCGGAAGACUGGCGCCUUAGCUAUGUUAACAAAGAUUUUUCUGUGUGCUCAACUUACCCUCAUGCAGUAAUUGUACCUAAGAGCAUUGAUGAUGAGACUCUUAUUAAGGCAGCGGCCUUUCGCAUGGGUGGGCGAUUUCCUGUCUUCAGCUACUUUCACAAGGACAGCAAGGCAGUGCUUAUGCGAAGCAGUCAGCCAUUAGCAGGCACCUCAGGACGCCGAUGCAAAGAAGAUGAAAAACUUGUAAAUUCCAUUCUGGGCAAUGGUCGGCGGGGAUACAUCUUGGACACACGUGCUCAGAAUGUGGCAAAGGUAGCUCAGAGCAAAGGAGGAGGAUAUGAACUGGAGUCUAACUACCCCCAGUGGUGGCGCAUACACCAACCCAUCGAAAGACGUCAGGCUUUCCAUGAUUCACUGAUAAAGAUGAUUGAGGCUAGCAGUGAUAGCAAUUCAAACAUGGACAAGUGGCUUUCCAAGCUGGAUUCUAGUGCCUGGAUGACUCAUAUCAAAGACAUUUUGACUACAGCAUGUGUUGUUGCACAGACAAUGGACAAACAAGGUACUCAUGUCUUGGUUCAUGGUGCUGAGGGAAUGGACACAACUUUGCUGGUGACUUCUUUGGCUCAACUUAUUCUGGAUAAGGACUGCCGUACUGUCAAUGGAUUUGAAGCCCUCAUAGAACGUGAGUGGAUUCAGGCAGGGCAUCCCUUUCGACAUCGCUGUGCAAAGUCUGCAUAUGCCAUUAGCAAACAGCGGCAUGAGUCACCUGUUUUCCUUCUCUUUGUUGACUGCGUGUGGCAGAUCUGGAGCCAGUUUCCAUGUUCAUUUGAAUUCAAUGAGGAUUUUCUGAUCAUGCUGGUUCAACAUGCCUAUUACUCACAGUUUGGCACAUUCCUUUGCAACAAUGAAGCUGAAAGGCACCAGCACAAACUCAAGCAGAGGACUGUCUCCCUCUGGUCAUACCUAAAUCGGCCAGAGAUAAUCAAAGACUAUUUGAACCCAAUGUAUGAACCAAACCCUGCCGUUAUAUGGCCUUCUGUGGCCCCUCAAAGUCUAUCUCUAUGGAAUGGCCUGUACCUGAGAACUUACAUUGAUCAAACACCAGUGCAGGAAGCCUGGGAAGAGAUGAAACGGAUACGUGAACAUGACAAGGAGGUUACAUCCAAAGCCAUCAGACUGCGAAGACAGCUUGAAGCACUCAAGCGAGAAGCACUUGCUGCUGGAGUGAUUUUGCCAUCUGCUCUCACUGAUGGUGUUGAGAGUCUUCAGCUGAAGUGAUCUUACUGUGUCUGUAAAAGUCAAAGAUUCAACAAGUUCAACAAGGAGUCUUACGCAGACUAUUCCUUAUACUGUUGUGUAUUAUGGCUCACUAAAAGAUAAGCACCAAAUGACUUUCUUUUUUUUUUUUUUAACGAGCUCUUAUGUUGUCUUGGGAGGGUUCUGGGAACGGUCAAGAAUAUGGGAGAAGCUGGUUUGUGUAUUCUGAAAUGCAUAUGCACUAGUCAGACCUCUCAAAACUAUUAGCUGUUUCAGCCUGUGCAUGUGUUCUUUGUGUUGUAAAAUGUGGAGAUAUCCUCUUUUUAACAGUGUAUCAUGCACAUUUUCAAAGGAUUAGUGGGGGAUCCCAAUAAAACAAAAUGAAUACAAGUAUUAAGCUAAACCAUUCUGCUUCAUAGUCCACCUAAGAUGUAAUUAAAAGUAAUUUUUACUUUGCACUGCGUAUGGUGCAGUUUUGAAAAUUCCUCCUUUUCAAUGUGAGCUCAAAAAUGUCAUUCCAAGUUGUGCCACAGAGUUUACUGCAUGAUAUUAUGUUGGCAGGUGCACACUGAAAGCGAGCUCAGUAUUUAUUUGGCAGAUGUUGCUUUGUGACUAUAAACUGCUUCAGGGUCAUGUCUUUUUUUUUUUCAUGUAUAUGGGAUGUGUGCGUGUGUACAUUACAUAAAAAAAAGAAUGAAAGCUUUACUGAGACUUUGCAAAGGUGAUGCAGAGGCUGUAAUAUUCACUGUUAUUUGUCUGCAGUACUUGCAGAAGGUGUACAGAUUGUUGAUAUCGCUAAUAUUAGAGGGAACUGUCAUAAGAUAUAAAAACUUUGAAAACAAAAAAAAAACAGCUUACAAAAAUGCGGUUCUUCUAUUCCAAUUUGAAGGCUACUACUUUUUAUUCAGAAAACAAUGAGGCAAGCAGGGAAAGAGCAGAUAAGCAGUGCACAAACUUCCGAUGUCAGAGAUGGGCAGUUUGCUUACUGCUGUCACUUAAAAGAUGUCUUCUCUUGGGGAAAAAAAAGCCACAAUUGUGAAUAUGCUGGAUCUUUCCUUGCAUGCACGACUGGAAAUGUAUGUGGUGGGGAGUUGUUUUCAAUUUGUGACAAGCACUUCAAAUUUUCCUUUUUGAAAUUGGCUUAUAAUGUUUAUUGCAUUUAUGUACAAUCUUAACUCUGUGACCAAAAUGCAUUGUUGGGUGAGGUCAGUGAUAUAAAGUAGUAUGACCUGGGAUAACUUUUAGAGGCAAAUCCAGUGUGUGGUGGAGAGGUGAGACAACUAUGAGACAAUAUAAUAAAAUAAUUUUAGAUCUCUAGUGGUCACCCUUAGCAUCCUAGAAAAAAAAUACUGAUUAAUGUAGCAAUUAAAUGAAAAGAUUUCAUUAGAGGAACAACGAAUCUCAUCGCCAUAUUCAGCUAACUAGGGCACAGAAAUCUACAAAAGAAAUGGAUUUUUUGUCAUUCUGUCAUUUUUCAUGCAGAAGUAAGGAGUCCAUAAAUUUUUAGUAUACAGUGUAUUGAUGAAGGUAUGUAAAGCAUUAAAGAUCUAGACAGAUAGCUCAAUUUUUAAAACUAAAAUUGCUCAUAGAUAAUGAAGUGUGAAACUUAAUGUUCAAUUAUUUUGGUUUUGAGAAGUUUUUUUCUUUUUUCCAACAUUUAUAUCCUUUCUGUGAUACAAAAAAAAUCUUCCCACCAGUAUCAAACUAAUGUGGGUUAAUAAAAGGAAAAAGGGAUACAUAUGCACUGAAAGUACCUGUUUGCCCUAGCACCAGACUUGUUGCACGUAACGUAUUUGUGACUUGUACUGUAAUAAAAGGCUCUGUUCCAGUCUUAACAGUUGUCAUAAAUUGUCGUUUUAU